GAGUGGAGGAGCUGCAAUCAGUAGGUCCCGUGACUGGCUGCAGAUGCUGGGCUCCCUCCCUCCUGCCAUGGCCGCCACCGCGCUGGUAACAUCCAGGCAAAUUCAGAAUACCCACACGGGGCUAGACCUCUGGGUCCCGGAGUAUCAAGAAAUUCGUGGACGGAUGAUGACUGGACAUGUGGAAUAUCAAAUAGUUGUUGUUACCAAUCUGUCUGCUUUUAAGACUGCCAAACACAAACCUGAAGAUGUGGUGCAGUUUGUAGUGUUUCGGAAAUAUAGUGAGAUUGACGACUUCUACUAUAAGAUUAAUGCUCACUAUCCCAAACUCUCCCUGCCACCCUUCCCAAGAAAAGUUUUAUUUGUGGGUGAAAGUGAUAUUCGUGAUCGCAGAGCGGCAUUCAAUGACAUUGUCAAAGCAAUCGCUAAGGAGAAAGAAUUGGCGGCCUGCCCGGAGCUACUGGAGUUUCUAGGUAUGAGACCCACUGACUUUGACAACUUAAUGGGUGAAAAGCAUCAUACUCCUCAGUUUGAAGAUGGCGAUUUCUUUAAAAAAGAAGAAUCCUCUGUUGAAGCUCUGUUGAGCAUCGAGGCCACGAAACAAAGCAAACCAGUUGCAGCCCAGCAAGAGGAGGAUGAAGAGGAGGAGGAAGAAGUCGAUUUUGAUCCUCUGGGGAUUAUCAAGACCAAGAGGAAAAAGAAUCCAACAAAACCAAAGAAGAUUGAAGAACCCAAUGUCAGACCAAACCCAACAAGAGCUCUGUUCGAUGAUGAAAUUGAUCCAGAUGCUGGAUUGUUUGUACCAAGCAAAAAACACCCUCCUGCCGGAAAAAAUUCUUUUAGUGCAUCAGAUGACAUCAAGUUGUUUGAAGAACAAGAUCUUGGAGGGACUGUGAAAAUAGGAGAUUCGCUGCUUCUCCCUUCUGCUUGUUCCAGUGAGCAUACAUUCAAAGCAUCAAUAGAUGAGGACGUGAACGAGUUAUUCAGGGUUGAUGAAGAUCUUGAAAAACUCCUAAACAUCAGAGUGAAGCCAGUGCCUAAACCAAAGCCGAAGAUACCAGCCAAACCAACGUUUCUUAAAGAAACCGAAAAAUCAAAAACGCCUUUGCAUCCACACUCGGAACAGAAGGAGCCCAACAUUCAAAUCAUGGACGAGUCAGACAUUCUGCAAUACAUUAAAGAGAACGAGCCCGCAGACAGUGAUUCACUCAGUCUGUUUUGAAGGGAGUGUGCUGCGUUUAAAGUGUCCUUCAUUGAUUUCUGCAUAAAUGUGUAGGAUUUCCAGAAAGGAACCAGACUUAAGGGGAUCAGCGAUUUUGAAAAUCUAAACGCAAACACCUACUUUAGGUAUUUGCUUUACAAGAGCUUAACAAUCUUUGGUGACUUAGUUUAUUGAAAGCCUUAUCUUUAAAGUAGAUUAUCCUUCAGCUCAUAUGUACACUAGGGAUUUCAUUGAAUGUAUGACUGGUCAUACAUUUGCUUCCUUUAAAAUAAUAAAAAAAAAAAUAAUAAACACAAAACUAUAGCCAUAUGACUUCUUAGUGCCCUCAAAACUUUGUAGAACCUCCGAUAAUCCUGUAAAACUUGUUUAAAAAAUAAAAAAUCUAAAGUAUAUUCACUUAGAUAUCUUUGAAAUAUCUACAUUUAAAAGUUAUAUACAUACAACAAAUAGAGAAAUGAGUGCUCACUAAGAUGGAAUGGCUGGUCUCAAAGUACCAAACGGAUAUGUAUGAAUAUAUAUGUUUUGUUCUUUGUGUGUAUACUUCAGGUGUUUUCUUCAAAUAAACACUCAAACACUCAAUUUCUCCCAUUGAGUAUGGUAGUGGAUUUAACCUUUGAGUGGUACUCCUGAAUCAUCAACUAAGGGAUUUCUGAAAAGAACCACUGCAUUAAAGGAAAGGAAUACCAGCCCAUCUCCAAUGUGGGUACCCUCCUGGUGGGGGACUGGCCAAUCCCUCAGAGAGCCAAAGUGCAGAGAUGGGCCGGCAACAAAUGUUUCGUAUUAAGGUGUAGUCUUCGGGGUGGAGACAAACCCUUCCUAAUACCCACCUCUUACACCUGAAUUUACAAUCGUUUCUACAGGUUUUAUCCACAAUUGGUAAUCUAGUCUGUUUUGACACUUUGUUUAUUUUUGUUUUGUUUUUUGUUUUUUUG